GGCAGAACAUUGUUGUUGACCGCUCGAAAGGAGGAGGAGAAGGAGAUGCCAACCUUGAAUUUGUACACAAAUGUGCCAGUAGAUGCAGUGAUAUCCUCUGACAUUCUCAAGGAUGCUACCAAAUCUGUUGCUAAAAUCAUUGGAAAACCUGAAUCUCGUUCGUUCUUCGGGUUUAAUGGCUCAACUUUCUGACCAGCUACAGAUCCCGGAUGCUCCUCUACUGGAAGCAUUGCAAGAUGAAGUGGUGCAGGUGAAUGGAUUAUGAUGCCUAGAAUGCAAGAUGAAGUGGUGUCGUAUAUUAUGUGAAGUAUCGUCAUUUGUUUCCAUUUCUGCAUUGACUGCCGUCCUGUUUUAACUUCUGCAUCCUACGCCUGUUGUUGACAAAUCUACAUUUAGAUUCCUGAUGAGGAUUCAGGCUAAUAAUUAUGUAUUGUAACCCAGAACUAAUUACCAUAUUUCAAACUCUUCUUCCCCUGAAAAUUAUACUUGGCAUUGGCGAGCCAGAACCCAGAAGCUGUUGCAGUGUCUCAAUUACAACUUUGUCCUUGCGUUUUCUUUUAUAUUGUUCACACAAUAUGAUUGGUAUCAAGUGUGGAACUUUAUUCAGCUAUUAGCAAUAUAAGAUUAACAAAUUAAUGUUCCCAAUUACACGUAAGAUCCACCUUAGCACAAACCAAUCCAGUAGUUCUUGCCAAAAACUUAUCUUCACAACACCAUCAUCCUAUUGAUAUCAAAUCAAAGACAGACAUGGCUAGAGAAGAAGCAACAAAAACCCAGUUGAUAAUCGCCAUGAAAGGUCAUCCUGGCACGGGUAAGACCACCUUAGCUCGCUCUUUAGCCCAAACCCUCAAAAUCCCUCUCAUCGACAAAGACGACGUCCGCGACUCCACCUUCUCCGUCGAAGCCACUCUCCUCAACCACAUCUCACCAGCCACCGCCUCACAACUCCUCAACGACCUCUCAUACGCUGCCAUCUGGCAGCUUAUCUCCACUCAGCUCCAACUCCGCCUCAGUGUUGUCGUUGACUCACCGCUCUCACGUAAGGCUCACUUGGAUAAGCUUAUCCAGCUGGCAUCCUGCACUGGGGCCCGCGUGGUGGUCGUGGAGUGCAAGCCGUCAGAUCAUUGUGAGUGGCGUGUGAGGCUUGAAAGAAGAGCAGCUGGAGAUCGUUCCAGCUGGCAUAAGCCUUCCACGUGGAGAGAUCUGGAGAGGUUGAUUGAAGGGUAUGAUGGGUGUACGGAGUAUGAUGUAGGGGAUGUGCCGAAGCUGGUGGUGGAUACUGUGGCCGCCGGAACGGUGGAGGAGCAUUUGGCGGAUGUAGUGGAGUUCAUCCGCUGUCACGGUGGUGCAUGUGUAUGAUUGCUCCACGUGUCAAGCGAUGUAGCUUGUCAUGGACUGUAUAUGAUAAGGAAAAGAACAGAGGAAAGGCAAAGCCAUGUUUAUAUCGUGUAAGAAUCUAUCUAACUGGUGAGGAGUUCCAUCAUCCAUGUUUUGUAUUUACUGGGUAUUUAUUUCUUGUCGUAUAUGUGGAAUAUUGGCAUCAUACACUGUGUGUAUAUAUAUCUGUGACACUUGACAUAAAUUAUUUAUAUUUGUUUAAUAAAUUAUUUAUUUGUUCCCGUA